AUGGCGGGUGAGCGAGAGGGCGUGCCGUCGGAUUUGGAGCAGCGGCUGCAGCGCGCGUGGAUGCACGUGCAGCUCAAGACGUGCCGCAUCGUGCAAGAUCCUUCUGUAUCCCCGUCUUCAUUACCGCCGGUAGUGCAAUAUUGCUCUCACAUGCUCCCCGCGCUACCCGUUCCUCCCCCGCGCUCCGUUCUAUCGUCCCCCGUGCUCCCCGCGCGUUCAGAUCAUCCGUGCGGCGGCCACCAAGGCGCGCACACGCACUCGCACGGCGGCAACACGCGCGGCGGCGGUCAGCAGCAGCCGUCGCUACCGCCGCCGCAACGCACGGCGCGGGAUCUGACAGCGACGCUGCAGCAGCUGUGGGGCAACACGCAAGAGCCGCUCGUUCCGCCCUCCGACCACCGCCAGGCCCCCCCACAGCCGCGACCUCCGCCGCAGCCGAUUUCCUAUCCGUGCUCCCUUCCGCCCGCCACCUCUGGCGCCUCGUCGCAGGGCACUCGCACAGCGUCGCCCGGGCCGUCCGCGAGCUCGUCCUCCUCGCACUCCAAUGGCCUCACGCCACGUCAGCACGCACAGCCGGCGGCCGUGCCGCUAAACUCCGCGGGCCAGCCCUUCCAGCAGCUCUCCCCCUCCCCCUCCACCUCCGGCGGCCAGCCCAGCCCCGGCGGCUCCCCCGCGCCGUGCCCCUUCGUGCCGGGGCAGGCGGGCGGCAUCGGCGUGUGGCCGCGGCACGGGCCGAACUCGGUGGCGGAGCAGCUGCGCGAGCUGAGCGCGGCGGAAUGGAUGGCGCGCGUGCAGCAGGUGGAGCCGGUGGCGCUGGGCGCGGAGUACAUGGAGGCGGACUUCUUCCGCGGACUGGACGAGCUCACCUUCGCCUUCGACGAGAUGGAGUCGCUCCUCCCCCACGACCUCAACCCCGCCUUCCUCUCCGCUCCCCCGGGCGCCUUUCACGGCGCAUCAGGGGACGCAGGCAUGGGCAUGGGCGCGGGCGGGGGGAUGGGCAUGGGCAUGGGCAUGGGCGCGGGCAUGGGCGAGGAGGAGCUGCUGGGGAUGGCGGUGGACCGAAUGGUGCCCGCCCCCCAAGGCAUGGCGCCCGCGCAUCCCCCCACCAGUUGCGCCAGGGAUGGCGGGCAGGGCGCGGGGCAGCAGGGCGGGGGAGUUGAGGGGACAGGGAGUGCGAGGUCGGGGGAGAGCCAGGGGCGCGCGGAUAGCCAAGGGCGCGCGGAGGAACUGAUGGCGCAGAUGCAGAGGGCGGCGCUCAACAGCCCCAGCGGCUCCCAAGAGGAGUGGCAGCAGGGGGGGCAGCAGCAAGGGGGGCAGCAGGCGGGGCAGGCGAUGCAGCAGGCGCAGCAUGGAGGGCAGGCGGCGGCAGGAGGAGGAGCAGGCAGCAGCGGUGGCACGGGGCGGUCGGCGGUGAUUCAGAUGCUGCUCGACAUCGCAAAGGCCAUUGUGUCCGGCGACCACCACCGCGUGCACGUGUUGGUGGAGCGCCUGACAGCGGUAGCCUCAGUAUACGGGGACGCCACCCAGCGCGUGUCCGCCUACUUCCUCGAGGGGCUGCUCGCCCGCGCCUCCGGCACGGCGCCCACGGGCCCCGGCUGCCCUGGCAGUGACGGUGCGGGGGCAGCGGGUGCGCUGGGCAUCUACCGCUCCAUUGACUGCGACGCGCCGCUGCUGCGCGCAUUUGAGGUGCUGGUGAGUGCGUCACCGUACCUGACGUUUGGGCACGUGGCGUGCAACAGCGCCAUACUGGAGGCGAUCCAGGGCGCGCGCAAGGUGCACAUAGUGGACUUCGGGCUGGGCCACGCCGUGCAGUGGCCGCCACUCAUCCAGGCGCUGGCCGUGCUGCCGGGGGGCCCGCCGCACCUGCGCAUAACGGGCAUCGACCGCCCCUUUGUGGCCGGCAUCCACAAGGGCUACUGCCUCCGCCAGGCUGGCCAGCGCCUCCGGAGCGUGGCGCAGAGCUGGGGGGUGCCGUUCACGUUCAACUUCAUCCCAAUCAACCUGCCGGAGCUGCAGCCAUCCAUGGUGCGCUGCGAGGCGGACGAGGUGCUCGUGGUGAACUGUGCGCUGCGCCUGCACAACCUCAUGGACGAGUCCGUCACGCCCUCCAACCCGCGCGCCGCCGUGCUGCGCACCAUGCGCGCGCUCGCACCCGCCGUCACCACGCUGGUGGAGCAGAACACCAAUCACAACUCGCCCUUCUUCCUCAGCCGCUUCCUGGAAGCCCUCCAUUACUACGCGUCCAUCUUUGACGCCCUCGAUGCCUCCGUGCCCGCGGACUCCAUGGAGCGGCGGUUGUUUGAGCAGCGGGUGCUGGGGCGCGCCAUUGUGAACGUGGUGGCGUGUGAGGGGCAGGACCGCACGGAGCGCCAGGAGCCGCUGGGGCAGUGGGAGCGCCGCGUGCACCGCGCGGGGUUCGUGGGGUACCCGCUUAGUCGCGAGGUCGUGGCCACCGCCACCGCCCUGCUCUCCACGUACAAGGGCCCGUACUCGCUAGCGGCAGAGCAACCCAACAGCCUCACUCUCAACUGGAAGGACCAACCACUGCUUGCCAUGUCAGCGUGGCGGCCCAACAGCUAA